AGCGAAAUUACCUAUUAAAUAUUCUGUAUCAAUUUUUUUAAGUUACAAACUGAGAUCAACAUUCUAAUGUAGCCUUAUCGUGUGCCCGUGACAUGCUGCUUUUUUAAUGUUGACAUAUGAAACAUCUUUCUAACGAAAAAGUACGUGAAGCGAAUAAUUUGAAUAUAAAAAAUCCAGAACAGAAUGUAGGCACACCGAAUUGCUCUCCAAAUCCAAAAAGGGAUGCAAAGCUUCGCCCUCAAAGACGGGGUAAAGAGGAAUAGAGAGUGGUCAGUGGAGGGGAAAAGUGAAAAACUGCUCCAGUAUCUGGACAAGCUCAAAUCAGGGCGGCCCUUGAGGUAAAAGAGAAGCUUUCCCAGUCCCAGGAGAGGAGGCUUGGCGGAUAACCAACCAAUUUGGAUUGGAUACCUCGCAUAAAUUUGCACUUCGCAGUUCGCCCAUUUCUUCACAUUCUUUAGGCUUUUUCCCAACCGAAUAUGCCUUCCCCUGCGCUUAUUCUCCUUGUACUUCUCCUCUUUUUGUUGAGCCUCUCUCUCCAAAGCUCAACAAUGGGGAAUUGCCUCGCUCAUCAGCAGAUUCAGCACUCCCCUCCCCCAUCUGCGAAUGACCAAAUCUUCAUAACUCAGAAGAAUAUGCCCAUUGAUGCUCCAUUCCACCUUCCUUCUCCAUUACCCAUAUGGCCAACUGGGGGAGGUUUUGCAAAUGAGACCAUUGAUUUGGGAGGAGGGCUGCAAGUGCGUCAAAUUUUAUCUUUCACCAAAGUUUGGGCUGCCCUGGAAGGUGGUCCCGACGACCUUGGCGCCACAUUCUUCGACCCGUCGCCGAUUCCGGCUGUCGACGGAUUCUUCAUGCUCGGUUCUUAUGCCCAACCCAACAAAAACUCUCUUUUUGGGUGGGUUCUCGUAGCCAAGGACGCCACUCCCGGCGGCGGAGCUCUGAAGCCGCCUCUCGACUACUCCCUCGUUUGGAACAGCAGCUCCUCGGGAAUCAAGACAGACGGCGACGUCGGCUAUCUCUGGGAGCCGAAGCCGCCCGCUGGCUACUCAGCCGUCGGUCUUGUCGUCACCGCCUCGCCGCAGAAGCCUCCCCUCGACAGAGUCCGGUGCGUCCGGUCCGACCUCACGGACGUCGCCGAGACAGACGCGUUUAUUUGGGGACAAGGCGCAGCCAUUAACGUCUCUAGUUCGAGACCCAAGAACAGAGGAACACGAGCUCAGGGCGUCCCGGUAGGCACAUUCGUUGCCACAGCCGGUAGCAAUCUGGCGAACUCCUCCAUAGCCAGCUGCUUGAAGAACACAAACCCGAAUAAUUUCUCUUCCAUGCCCAAUCUCGACCAAAUUCAUGCUCUGUUCCAAGCUUACUCUCCAUUCGUCUACAUGCAUCCCAAGGAAGAAUUCCUUCCUUCUUCGGUACCCUGGUUUUUCAACAACGGUGCUCUGCUUUACACCAGAGGACAAGAAUCAAGCCCCGUCCGGAUCGACCCGACGGGUGCCAACCUCCCGCAGGGCGGCUCCAACGACGACGCCUACUGGCUGGACCUCCCCGUCGACGGAGCCUCGAAGGAGACGGUAAAGAAGGGGGAUAUACAGAGCUUCGAGGCUUAUGUCCACGCAAAGCCAAUGAUGGGGGCGACGGUCACCGAUUUGGCGGUGUGGCUCUUCUACCCUUUCAACGGCGCCGGAACUCUGAAAAUCGAGUCGUUUGAUAUCCCAUUAGAAAACAUUGGGCAACACGUCGGGGAUUGGGAGCAUUUGACAUUGAGAAUUAGCAAUUUCAAUGGGCAAUUACAGAGCAUCUACUUCGCGCAACAUAGUAAAGGGGUGAGGGUGCCGGCGCCGGAACUUAAGUUCGAAAGCGAGAACAAGGCUGCGGCGUUCUCGUCCUACCAUGGCCACGCUUCGUACCCGCAAACGGGGGAGUUUUUGGUGGGGAGUAAGCUGAAAAUUGGGAUCGAGAACAGAACCGACGAGAGCAGCCUGGUUGUGGACACGGGGGUCAAGUAUACGGUGGUCGCCGCCGACCACUUGGGGGCAGCCGUGGUGCCGCCGCCGCCGUGGCUGAACUAUAUGAGGGAAUGGGGUCCUAUAAUCAGCUACGACAUUGAUGAAGAGGUCAGAAAAGUGGAGAAAGCGUUGCCGAAAUGGAUAAGAGAUGAAUUUGAGCAGAUUGUGAAGAAGCUGCCGCCGGAAUUGUUGCAAGAGGAAGGGCCGACAGGGCCGAAGGGAAAAGGGAACUGGGAUGGAGAUGAAUUUGUUUGAGGGUUCUGUGAAUUGAUCCUUUGCAAUGAUAACGAUGGCUCUAGCAAAUUGCGAGUGCAGAUCAUAUUGUAUUGCAAUUCUGUCGGAUCAAAUAAUUAAUCUAUUACGAAAAGACCGUGAAGUUAUGGACGCGUUGAAAAGCGUCGAAUGCAUCU